GUUCUCAUUACUCUACGGUUCAUAUUAGGAGCCCCCCGAACGUAACUCCUGGGGUAAGUGCGGGUCUGUAUACUUGAAAACAUCACAGCGCUCUCCAAAAUCAACUUCACGCAGUCGCUUGACCUUCGCAUAAUUCGAGCCUUCCGCAAGUAUGAGCAGCCUUCCUCCUAUCUCUUCUCUAUCGUCGCUGGCAGCCGAGCAAAGAGCAGGUGUUCUUGACCUGCUCUUCGAGCCCAGCACCCCUCUCCACACUCUCUCCGUAGAGCUGUUGAGUAACCAGACAUUUGCAUCGUACAACGAUCUUAUCGCAGCUGUUGGCGUACAGUUGACCGACCUUUCUGAAUCAUCGUCAGUCAGCGAUACCAAAUGGUCGGAGAGCAUCCUGGGGUCACAUCCUAGACUAGGCGCGAAGAAAGUUGAGAGUGCACAAAGUCAGGCGGAGCAAGCUCAGCUCAACACCGGCGGCGAGGAAGAAGCUCACAAGUUGCGCGACCUGAACGAAGAAUACGAAAAGACCUAUCCCGGAUUGAGAUAUGUUGUCUUUGUGAACGGUCGCAGCAGACCUGUCAUCAUGGAGGACAUGAAACGCAGGAUUGCUGCCGGGGACAUUGUUGCAGAGCGAGCAGCCGCGAUCAAGGCCAUGUGUGAGAUUGCUGCAGACCGCGCGAGCAAGUUGCAGAAAGCAUGAUCAGUCACCACAUAUUUUCGGUUCUGGUGUACCGCCGGCGCAACAUCGCACCACCUUGGUGGACACUGAUGGUACCACCGGAUCUGUCACUAAGGACCAUUUACGUAUCGUCCUCACAUUAUGUUAGUGAGCAUGCUUUGCAUGUGAACCACGAGUCAAAAUAAUUGUAUCGUCCUC